CCUCUUCCUAGCAUCAACUCGCAACCCCGGUAUUCAAGAAAAGGAAUUCAGCGUGGCGAGUGUUGAGCCCCAAACCAGCGAAGAGGAUGUCGACUGGCUCAGGGGUUGCUGAGCCGAUGAGGAAUGGUUCAUUGAAGAAGUCAUCAAACCCUACACCCGGCCAAAUAUCAAGCUGGUUGAUGUCGACGUCCCUUUCCUACGCAUAGUAGAAGAUAUAUUCGAACUGCAAGGCGCUCAAGUGGAUUUCAAACCUCAGCUCUCCACCCCUGACACCACGUUCUUCGAUGUAAAACGGCUUUUUCGGCUGCUUUCAGCCCCAAACCCUCCACGAGGUGAAGAUGUUUUCUGAGUCCAGAAACUGGAUGAGCGAUACAACCUGGUUAAAAAGGUUUAAGCCCGGCUCUCUCUCUUUUGCGCCGAGCCGAUGGAGCUCGAUGACGAGGCGUUUGCUGCUAUGUUGGCCGUCACCCUACUGGCUACGCUGAACAAGUUGGCGAAAGAGACAAUGUCAGAUGAGGAGGUACUUAAAUGGUGUGGCAGACUACGGGCAAUCAGGCCCUUGAUCCAAAUGUCUUUUGAAGGACUAGAAGCUCUCGAGGACUAUGAGACGGAUCAUCCGCCCUGUAGCAGCACCGAAAACACGUGUCUAAUUAAGGGGACGGUAUCAGAGAUGUACCGCACUGAGAUCGGUCACAUCGUUUCUCCUCUAGUCAACCGUGACCUUGGGAAGACCAAGGAAUUUCUCCAGUGCUUGGAGCAAACAUGGCCUUUGCUCUUUGAUUUCGCCAUCGACAUCAACUCCAGCAAGGAUCUUUUUCGCCCUUCUGGCUCAUCAGAAGUCGAAGAGAAAUUUAUCCACAAUGAAAGCUGGAAUCAGAUCUGCCUGGGUCUCACUGUCAAAAGACUAUGGAGGCACGCCCGCUUCGGCCUCAAAUAUCUUAAUCCUGACAGCAAAGCAUUCGACAAGGAGGGGUCGAAAACCCAGCUCCAGCUUCAUUGGAUCAACACGAGCUAUUUCUCUCUCGAAGAUAGUCCACUGCUGUGAGACAUGACCAAGAAGAUAUUGCUAACCGCUGCAAAUGCUUAGUCAAACCAAGACAAGGCGUCGAGUUGAAUCACCCACAAUUAGGGAAGCUUUUUCUCACACCGAUAUCGACUGGAACUGUGAUCAAAAUCCCGGAGGUUGCAGAUUAUGACACCAAAAUGAAGAUGCGGCUCGCUUUUGACAUUGUUUGGGUAGCGUAUCGGGUUGCGGCUCUGGCCGGGACUGAUGCGCAGCUUACGCGCGAGUGGUGGGAGGCAGUGCUGGUAAAACAUGUUGACGAUUCGGAAGAGGGUAGAAUGCGUAUAUGGAGAUGGGUCAAGAUGAAGUAUAGGGGGCAAGGCUGACGAUGGAGGUACGGACCAGCUUUCGAAUAGAAAUGACUGUAAGAUGUUGACCAUCUUGGAUUAUGAGGCAAGGAAAUAAGACAUCUUGUAAGUAACAAAUUGGUGUAAAAUCACACAAACAAUGUACUGGUAUCUGGGGCCAGAUAAGAGAACUUAUUCGAG